CCAUCUUCACACCGGAUGUGACGCAAUGGGAAAGCACGCGGAAAUAAACAGCCAAGCUGUCAAGAUAACAUGGACGAGUGCAGAGAAAGUGGAGUGUUUUUAAAAUAAUGUGGCCCCAUAAACUUCGUAUAAAGUUUAUUUGAAGGGCUUGGGGCUGAUGUGGUGCAUCUGCAUUGAAAGUGGCACCUGUUUGCUAUGGCCUCACCCCCCUUCCCCCUUUUCAUCGCCCUGCUCUUCCUGACAUCGCUCCCUCUGCAGUCUUUUGGCUUACCUGAAUCUCCAACUCCGUCCUGUGAACCUGGGCGCUCAUGGGUAGUGCAGCUGAGCCACAGUUCUGAGCCACAUGACAACUCCCUGGACGAUCUGGCUAAACGCGUGGCGCUGGAGGCCGGUCUCAAGAGUCACGGCCAGAUCGGGCAACUCCAUGGCCACUACCUGCUCUGCCAGGUGACAGACGAGGACGAGCAUCCACCAGCAGCUAGGCAGGCACUGGACACCCAUCCUCAUGUGGUCUGGCAUUCGCAGGAAAACGUUCUGCGCAGGUCCAAGAGGAGCUUGAUCUUCAACGAUCCCAAAUACCCGAGUCAGUGGCAUUUGCACAAUGACGUGAGGCAGGGCAUGGACAUCAACGUGACCGGCGUGUGGGAGCGUAACAUCACCGGCACGGGCGUCACUGUGGUCGUAGUGGACGACGGCUUGCAGCACACACUGGAGGACAUUCAGCCCAACUAUUCUCCAGAAGGCAGCUAUGAUCUGAAUUCAAACGAUCCAGAUCCGAUGCCACACCCAGACUCACACAGCGAUAACCACCACGGCACACGCUGUGCAGGCGAGAUCGCUGCAGUGCCUAACAACAGCUUCUGCGCUGUGGGAGUUGCAUACGGCAGCAAAGUGGCAGGUAUCAGAGUUCUAGACGGACCACUGACCGACAGCAUGGAGGCCGUGGCUUUUAAUAAACAUUACCAAGUCAACGAUGUUUACAGUUGCAGUUGGGGACCAGAUGAUGACGGACGGACUGUCGAUGGACCGCACCCCCUGGGCCAGGCAGCACUAAAACAUGGAGUUCUAGCUGGCAGAAGAGGCUUUGGGAGUAUCUUUGUUGUCGCCAGUGGCAAUGGAGGCUUGUUUAACGACAACUGCAACUACGACGGCUACGCUAACUCUAUCUACACAGUCACUAUUGGUGCCGUGGAUGAGAACGGGAAGAUGCCGUUCUACGCAGAGGAGUGUGCUUCCAUGCUGGCUGUGACUUUCAGCAGCGGAGGAAGACAACUGCGCAGCAUCGUGACAUCAGACUGGUCGCUCCAGGAAGGCACGGGUUGUACCGAAGGCCACACGGGUACGUCAGCAGCAGCUCCUUUAGCAGCAGGCAUGGUGGCACUCAUGCUGCAGGUGCGACCCUGCUUAACAUGGCGAGACGUUCAGCACAUCAUCACGUACACUGCUACACAGUAUGACACUGAUGUAGAUUGGGAAACCAAUGGCGCCGGCUUCCACCACAGCCACAAGCAUGGGUUCGGCCUGCUCAAUGCCUGGAGACUGGUCAACACUGCCAAGGUUUGGGAGACCGUGCCACUCCUGGCAUCUUAUCAGAGCCCUGUUUUAAGAGAAGGAGAAAUGAUCCCUGCUUAUCCGAACAAACUUAAUCUCACCUGGAAUGUUACAGCUGCAGAUCUCAAACAAUCAGGGAUAAGGACCUUAGAGCACGUGGCUGUUACCGUGACGAUAACUCACCCGCGGCGUGGAGAUGUCGAGAUCGUGCUCGUCUGCCCAAGUGGAAUGACCUCACUCAUCGGAGCCAAGAGAGCCCUGGACACAGAUGCUUCGGGAUUCACAGAUUGGACUUUCUCCACGGUUCGGUGCUGGGGAGAGCAAGCUGUAGGCCAGUACAGCCUCCACGUCACUGACCACGUUACAGCAGAUUCAACAUAUUCUCUGGGCACCCUGAAGCACUGGAAGCUCACUCUGUACGGCUCCGAGAUGUCCUUCGAGGAAGUGUUGAGUAGACAGAGUCUUGUGGAAGAGGCUAUGAGUGGCCAGUAUCUGAACAGCAAUUUCUCGAUACCGUGCCCACCUGGCUUAGACAUUCCUCCUGAAGUGGAAAUUCCAUUUACCUCCAACUCUUUCAAGAUUUUGCUGCUCGUGGGCUGCUUCGCUCUCUGCUGGUCCCUUUACUACAUCCUCGAGAUGAUGCUGACCCACAUCCACUGGCACGGGCUGCGGCGUGGAUCCUCCACCGCAAAAGACGGCCAGUUUCUGGAAAUGCAGCCACUGACGGACUUAGAGGCCAAAAUGCCCCUCAUAGGAAACGAUGACGACACGUAGCACUGAGAUGAGGGGGGGGGGCGGCCAAAAAAAAUUAAAAACAGGAAGUGAUGUAACUAACGCACGUUAAUCGAGCCGAGCUAGUCCCUGUCCCCACAGUGGCCACUUUCAAGUGUUCAGUCCAGAACUGUAAGAUGAUUAGCUGUGACGUUUAUUAGGGUUACGCGGACCUUCCAGCGCAUCCAGUGAUGUGCUUUUUCGUGUUGAUUCUGAAGCUGCACAUUGUUUAAUUUGGGGCACGUCGGGGUUUAACUAAACAACGUAUUAGCAAGAAUCAAAGUGUUUACAGCAGGAGCAGAAUCCUGCUUGUGAAAAUUUACAAGUUACUUGAUAUUGCUGGUACUGUGGAUAUUCUCUCAUAAAUGUGAGUGCUGUGUGUGUGUGUGUGUGUGUGUGUGUGUGAACAUGAAUGAAGAGGAGGAGUGUAUGAUCAAUUUCAGAAAGAAAUAAGAGUGCUAUAUUUUUAUUGAAUGAUACUUUUGCAGGUUUUUCUUUACAUUUAUAAUAUUGACUGGGUCAAGUGAAAUCAAUGCAUCCAGCACUUUCUUUCCUCCACCUUUUUCCUUUUUUCUUUUUUGUUUUAAUUUUUCUUUUACUUUUUUCUUCUUCUUUUUUUUUUUUUUUUUUUUUUUUUUUUUUUUUGCCCAGAGCUUUAAAAUCAAAAAUGGGAACAAAUGAGCAAUUAAUUUGGCAAUACGUGUAAUAUACAGAUGUUUCUAUAAGAAUGAAUGCCUUUUGAGACGCAAGUCUUUUUACUGAGGUGAAGUGUUUUACCUGUUUGACAAUCCAAAGACAAAAAUAUGAUCAACAGCUGGUCUGAAUAAAGUCAAUAAAAGUCG